AUGCAGCAUUUACAAUGCAUUCGGUCACCCUUUGUUCAUCAAAUGAGAAACAUUGCUCACCAUAUUCCCUUCCAUAACCGUGUUAAACAAGAAUGUCUUCGUUUAUCAAACGUUCCCUUAUUAUCUUCAAUUGUGAAACAAUAUGAAAGCAUUCAACCAUUGAAACACUAUUCGGUAUUAAAUAUUCAACAUGAACUAGGUGACGUUAGCGCACAAGUUGAAGCAUUAAUUCGUCUUGGUGCCUUGCCAAAACAUGUGUAUUUCCUUCCUCCGUCAUAUUCUCAUAAUAAGCAGUUCGAGGCGUUCUUAGCCAAGCAUUUUCACAUCCCGAAAGAAAAUCUGUUCGAUUCGUCAUCGUAUCGACUACGUUACAAUUACGAUAAAUAUCGUUUAAUGAAUGUUUUAGUUCAUCUAAAACAAAUGAUUCAACUGGAAUCGAUGAAAACCCAGAACCAAUCGAAUAAUUUACUUAUUUUAGAUGAUGGCGGUUGUUUUUCUGAAGCAAUAACCAUCCUAUUCGAUAUCGAAGAAAAUAAACUAGAUCCAAAUGAACUAAGCUGCAAUCUGCCAUCGACGUUGGAGCUGUCGGAACGUGAUGCGAAAUUAAUUUUAUCGUUUUUAAAAACAAAUCAAAUCCGUCUCGUUGAGCAAACAUCACGUGGUUUGUUUAAAUAUAUUGAUCAGCCAAAAAUUCCGAUUGCGUUGAAAAAACUUGGCAUAUCAAUAGUUGAUGUUGCUACGAGUGAACCGAAAAAACGUUUAGAAUCUGUGAUAAUCGCUGAAACUUGUCUAAAUAUGUUAUCUUACCUUUUUUAUGACGCUCCCGCUCAUUUAAAAAUCCCCAAACCUUCCAAGAACGAUCAAUGUUUAUUACUUGGAUAUGGGGCGAUUGGACAAGCGAUUGCAUACGCCUUGACGCAUGGUGGAGAUCUAGGAAUGUUUUCAAAAGAUUCGGUUUACAUAUGGGAUACAGAUAUGAACAAAAGAACUUCGGCAGAGAGCGAUGGAUUUCGACUGUUCAAUCAAUGGGAUAAGACAAAUGAAUUUAAUUAUAUUAUCGGUUGUGCUGGUCGAUGUUCAUUAUCAAUGUCGUCUCUAUCGCUAUUACGUAACAGUUCAUAUUUAAUCAGCGUUUCAUCGGCAGCAAUCGAAUUUCCGUUUCAUGAAAUGAUUCAAUAUGCAUCGGAAAGGCGUGCUGAUGAUAUACAAAUCCGAUUAUCGAAGGAAGAGUUCGAUAAAUUGAAUGAUGAGGAUAUUCAUCGAAAUAUUAAGUUUCUUAUUGAAAAUAGCAAAGAAAUAACAGUUGUAAAUGGUGGAAUGCCGAUCACAUUCUUGGGAAUUUUAAAUCCAACAGUACCUGAAAAGUUCGACCUGACAAUUAGUCUAAUGGUUGCUGCGAGCAUUCAAGCAACUUUGAUGAAACUGGCGAACGAUCAAGAGAAUCGGAUUAUACCAUUGAACACAAACUUUUCAAAUUUCAUUUGUAAUUGGUUCGAAACUAGGAAAUCCGUAGAAUAUUAA